AUGGGACUGUCAGGACCUAAGCAGAAGCAGCGUCUCGUCGGCUCUGCUAGCACACGCAACACGGCAUGGCUCAACGACGCAGCCGCGCCAGGUCAGCGCAUGCUCGCACAGAUGGGCUGGUCCGCCGGUCAGAGUCUCGGUCUCACCAUGCCUGGUCUUACCGAGAACCUGAAAGUGGCCUACAAGAUGGACAACAAGGGUAUUGGGGCUCAGAGACACGAGCGAGACGCGAGAGCCAAUGGCAAGGAUAUCUGGGUUGGUGGUGGUGGCGAUCUGGGAAGCUUGUUUGAACGUCUCAAUGCUGCCAACGCUGCUUCUUCGUCGUCGUCGGCUGUGGCUUCGUCUUCUUCUUCAGCAGCUGAAGGCGAUGACGCCGAAGCGGAAAAGAAGAGCAAGAAGAGCAAGAAGGAUAAGAACAAGAAAGACAAGAAAUCGAAAAAGGACAAGUCGAGCGAGGAAAAGUCGUCCAAAAAGCGAAAGCAUGACGACGCGGACGACGCAGCCGACGACAAGAAGAGCAAGACCAGCAAAAAGAGCAAGAAGGACAAAAAGGACAAGUCCGAGUCCGAGUCCAAAAAGAGCAAGCGAGCGCUAGAAAAGCAGAAAGCCGACGCCGUAGCAGCUGUAGCAGGCGCAGAUCCGGCCCUCGCGAAGGACCCAGCAGCCAUCGACGAGAUCAAAAAGGACGUUGUACAGGGGCGGCCCAUACGAUUGGCACAUCGAGCCAAGUUCUUGCGCGCCAAACGCAUGGUCUCUGCCAACGAUCUCGCCAGCGUCAAUGAAAUCCUCGGCAUUUCGUCGACGCCUUCUUCCUCUGCAGCCGGCACCCCCAAAGCGACGUCCGGUACGUCGACGCCGACUUUGGCACCCAAGACAUUCCCAGGGCCCGGUGGCAGCGAGGUCCCCCUGAUGGAUGUAGACCGACGCCUGGAAGCCGAACAAGACAGCAAGACCGACUUGUCAGACGACGACGACAACGGCAAGAAGAGCAAGAAGAAGGACAAGAAGGACAAGAAAGAGAAGAAGGAUAAGAAAGACAAGAAGAAGAGCAAGAGCAGCUCUUCCGCUGAUGCUGCAGCCACACCAGCGGUAGACGAUGCGAAAGCGGCUGCGGCUGUUGCAGAGGAGAAAGAAAAAGCGACGCAGAUCGGAACCAACUCGCAAGGACUCUUCGUCUUCGAAUACCUCAACCGACGCCUCAUGAUCCGCAAAGCAGCGAUUGCCAAACAGAAGAAGGCCGAACAGGAGGCCAUAUUUGCGCGCGCUGCUCGGGUGGGCGCUUAG